CCUGCCGUGUUCCGAUAGACCGGUGUCGUACGUUUUUGCAGAAUCACCAUGGCGUCUGUGUUGAAAGAGACUGCGAGCUUGUAUGAGACUUUGAAAGCUGAAUGGAGUAAAAAGAAUCCGAAUCUGAGCAAAUGUGGUGAGAUCCUGAGCAAGCUUAAGAUUUCCCUUUUGGAGUUGAACUUUUUACCAACUACUGGGACCAAACUAACCAAACAGCAGCUUAUUCUUGCCAGAGAUGUAUUGGAGAUCGGGGCACUAUGGAGCAUUCUAAAGAAAGACAUCCCCUCGUUUGAACGCUACAUGGCUCAGCUUAAGUGUUAUUACUUCGAUUACAAGGAUGAGUUACCCGAAUCCGCUUACAGGCACCAGUUGCUGGGUCUUAACUUGCUCUUCCUGCUCUCUCAGAACAGAGUUUCUGAGUUUCACACAGAGUUGGAAAGAUUGAGUGCAAAAGACAUCCAGACCAAUGUCUACAUCACACACCCAGUUUCAUUAGAGCAGUACCUAAUGGAGGGUAGUUACAAUAAAGUAUUCCUUGCCAAAGGAAAUAUCCCUGCUGAAAGCUAUACCUUCUUCAUUGACAUUCUCUUGGACACUAUUCGAGAUGAGAUUGCAGGAUGCAUAGAGAAAGCAUAUGAACAGAUCCAAUUCAACGAGGCCACGCGGGUGCUUUUCUUUUCCUCACCUAAAAAGAUGACAGAAUAUGCUAAGAAAAGAGGCUGGACACAGAGCCCUGAUGGUUACUAUUCGUUCAGUACCCAGCACCAAAAGACAGAAGAAGUGAACAUCCCCUCCACAGAGCUGGCCCAACAAGUCAUCGAGUAUGCAAGGCAGCUAGAAAUGAUUGUGUAGUGCGAUUGUACAACAUGUAGACACAUGUAUUCACACAGGUUCUUGUUUGUUUAUCCCAGUAUAGAAAUUAAACCAUUGUACAGUUCCCAUAUGUCUAUACUCAGUUUAGACACAAGAUGACAUGCAGUCUGAGAAGCCAGGACUCUUUAUCAUGCCCGUAAAAGAUGCCCUGUUGGGUGUGUUAUCUGUUGUGUUUUCAUUUGCAUUACCAGUGAACAUCUAAAAACCCAUAAAUACGUUUUUGGGCAAAGUUUCACACAACGGUCACAUUUGAUUCACCGUGAUGGUUUUAAUCAAAAGUGUGUUUCUGUAAAAGUGUUUUGGAAAGUAGAUCACACUCACACAAGUAUGCUAAAACACCACCUGUCCAUUUUUGCCCUAAAUGUGUUAACUGAAUUAUUGUACACCUUUUUAACACUCUCAAAAAUAAAGGUACAAAGCUGUCACUGGGGCAGUACCCUUUAAAAGGUCCUAAUAUGUUCCAUUUAUGUACAAAUAUGAAUCUUUGAACUAUCACUAUGUACCUUUCAAGUACUAAUAUAUACUCUUUGGGUACAAAGGUGUACCUUUUUUAAAGUGUACUGUCCCAGUAACAACUUUGGAACCUUUAUUUCUGAGAGUGAAUGCCCUUGCUUUGUAUCCCAGCCACUGAGUGAAACCGUUUCAAGACUGCAGAUUUUUUAAUAUUUGGUAAGUUUCUUUGUGAUCCUUCCCCCGAAUAAAAAAAAACAGAACAUGUUUAUUUCCUCAGUUGUUACAAGGCAUUGAUGAUUCUAUUAAAUAAAACUUUUUUUCUGAUUCUUUUAUAAAA